AUUGGUCUUGCAUAGACGACUCGAUUGCCAUCUCCCAGCGCACAGUUGCUGGGCAGUGUCUGCAGUACCAUGUAGUGGUCAUAAUAGCGUAUUUCCAAAGAAGCCCACGUUCCGGACUGUCAGCGUAUGAUGAUGUACGCGAAAGUCCCAGGUAGCGUCUCAGUUCAAGCGCACAUUUCUGCUCAGACGGUCUCUCUCAAUAUCUGUCCCUUUUGCAUGCCACUCUUUAAAUGGUCACGGCCAAGCAUAGAAAGCAGAUCACGGGGCAGUCCGGCCAAAUCGGCACCCACAAAAAGGGUUUUUUCAAAAUUCUUUCCCAGAGGAAGGCCCAAAAGGAGGCCAAAACGAAGCAGCAACGGAGCCCCCGAAAAGCGACUGCCAUGGUGGCUUUAUACGCAGACGUCCCAACAGGGCCUGUGUGCAGACCCGAGCCUGCAGAGUCAGAAGCAGCUCCAUGUCCAGCACCAUAGACUGCUGGCAGCACAACCAUGAUGGCCACCGAGCAGCAGAUCACGCCGCAAAAGGCACUCGAUCUUUACAAGAAUGCACUCAACUACAACGUGAUUUCACGCUACGACGCACAGGUGAAACAGCUUCUCUACUCGACCUCUCAUUGCGUGAUCUACAAGUUUUCGCUGGAGUCGCAGGAAUGGGUCAAGACGGAUUUCCAGGGCACGUUGGCGUUGUAUCUCCGCCACUUCCGUGCGGAGGUGCCGACCCGGCCACUAUGCGAGGCCGAUUUGCAGGACCUCUUUUGCUACGGCUUGAUUCUUUUGAACCGCCUGUCGCCAGAGAACUUUUCCAUCGGGCUUUUGCCGAACCAGGCCACACGGACCCUUUUUCCCAACGGCGUCAACAACAACGGCGUGCGCGAGAUGAACGUAGAGAUCAACGACAACUUGAUCAUAGUGAAGAACGUGCUUGGCGACAUUUUCGGGUUGUGGGUGUUUAACGAGGACGACCGCCAGAAGUUGUUCAAGCUCAUCCAGUUCUGUCUCAACGGGUCGAGUUAGGCUGUGUGCAAGAACCGGCUGGGUUGUGAAGAUGGGAAUGAGAGGGAGUAGUGCCAGGGUGGCGACGAUCUUGGAUAGAGCGCCUGGGUGGGGGACGAGCGAGGCGCGUUGGAGGAGACGUGAACAUAAUGAGCUUUGGAAGGGAAUAUACGAGACGAAGCCGGAUGAAGAAUGCAGCCGGCGAGGCGAGUGCAAACAAGCUAGUUGUGUGGAUCAAGGGAACCAGAACAGGCCAGUCCCGCGAAUCCUACUGCAGGGUUCAAGCUCAUCAAGCCAGUCAGUAUCCUGCCAGUCAGUAUCCUGCCAGUCCACAUCUGCCAAUAAGACAGCUAACCACUUUAGCACAUAAAACAAGCUGGCACAUAGAACAAACGGGCACAUAGAACAAACGGGCACAUAGAACAAACGGGCACAUAAAACAAACUGGCACAUCAAGCAAACUGGCACAUCAAGCAAACGGGCACAUCAAGCAAAC